CCGGAAGCAGGUUUGAAGUUAGCUCGCUGGAUAAUUCUGGUUGCACUACUUAUGUAUAUAUGUUAUAAUUGACUAUUUAGAUUCUCUAUAUCAAAUUUUAUUUGCACUUGUAACGUAUAUCUAAAGCUAGGACUGGCUUCCUGCUGCUGAUACGUUGCUUUGAAAUGAUGCUAUAGUCAGCUAACCUGCAAUAGCUUAGUAACAAGUGCAGCAUGAAACCCCUGAUAACGAGGCAGUGUGUUCUUCAUGGACCCAGCAGAUCAUGUCUCUGAUCCUGUUUGCCUUCGUGGUUCGGGUCAGGGAUGGACUCCCCCUGUCAGCCUCCACAGACUUUGAACACAAUCGGGAGCUCCAGGAGAGGAAGCAGCAGCUCAGGACCAUCAGCAAGGCACUGGCCCGCUUCCCUGACAGGGGGACCGUCAAGGGCCAGCAGCUCAACAUAUACUUCGUCUCUUCGGAGGGUGUAUCCUACAUGACUGUGUGCCACUGCAGCCUCCCUGUUGCUAAGGCCUUCUGCUUCCUGGAAGAUCUGCGCUGGGAGUUCACAGCAUGCUUCAAUAGCACUGUGGUUGCCUUGGCAGCCAGGCCGUAUCCAUUUUUGGAAUUUGACGGCACCAUUCAGAAGCUGAAGCAGCAGUACAACCAGAGCGGUGGUCCAGCCUUAGAGGUGACGUUGGCAGAAGUUCAGGAGGAUCUGAGGAUCCAUCCACCACAAGUAAUUAACUUGGAUGACGUGGAGCUCAGCAAUGGCACCGCAAAUGGACACGUGGAGCAAGCUCCUGGAUCUGGUCCGAAUCAGAGACUUGAACCAGUGACAGCACCGGGAAUCCUCUCUCUCGUCCUUAAUAUCAUGUGUGCAUCUUUGAAUGUGAUCCGUGGGGUGCACCUCAUAGAGUACACAUUCCAGGAUGAUUAUGAAGGUAUUUGGAAUGUUGUGGCAUUUCUUCUGGCAUUUCUCUGCUGUGUUCUCCAGUGCCACCUCUACCUGUUCCACUCAUCUCUGAAGAAACUGAAGUCCUUUACUCUGCUGAGUGUGAUCAUCCUAUGCAACCUGUACCUGUUCGGCAUGAGGAACGCGUGGCAGCUCAUCUUCCACAUUUCUGUUGCCUCCCUCUCCACCGUCCUCAUCCUCACUCGCAAACUCCAGGACAGAACCAAUGACUGUGGGGUCUGAGGGGCAGAGGACAGUUUGGUGUGUUGCACCGCUCCAUUUUUCAGUGCAGGUGAGAACAACGAUGAAGUAGAAGACGUGAUCCACGUUUGUUAUGAAGACGGCGUGUGGGUUUUUAUGAAAAACCUUCUGAAUUUUUGUGUCAUCAUGGACAGUUAUAAUUACAAGUUCUUGUUUUCUUGUAUACAGUAUGUACUUGCACUUUGUGUACAUUGUUUUCAAGAGAUAAAGAGAAUCCAGUGAAAUACAGUCAAUACUGGAUCCUUUAUACUUGGUUGACGUCAAAGUGGAAGGAGAACAAAAAAUACUGAUAAAUCUCAGUCAAACCCAUCUUUUCCAAAAAGUUUUUAAAGGAGUUGAAGGAGUUUUUUCUGUCAGAGUUGCUGACCAAAGUUUUUCACAUAGAAACAAUAGUGUUAAACUCUUUAAAGCUGCUUACAGUUUUAUAGUUAAUAUACAUUCCUGCUCACAUUCAGCUCAGUAUUUUUUCUGCAACCACAGGCCAUUGAUUAUCUUUGUAUAAUCAGUUUACACCGCAGGAUGACAGUUUGUUGUUAUGAGUUCAAAUUGAUAGAAUUCUACUUUAAAAUAGCUACCCUGACUUAAUGGAUAAUUAGAUAGUUCAUAUUGUAUUGUUAGGAGUGUGACACUGAAGUGAUUUAGUUUAGUUUGAAUAACUAUAGGUACAAUUUAAGGAUAGUGGGCAAUGCUGCUUUUAAUUUUGUUUUCAGUUAUUCCCUUUAUUGGUUGCAACAAAAAGUUAAUUCAGAAGUAUAGACGUGAAGCUAAGAGUCGUUUCCUGCCUUACUAUGUGACGAUGGAAGUAGAUGGUUUUUAAAACGGUUUAGUUGGUUUGUUAUGUUGUUUUGGAGAUUCACCGGCAAGUGCUCAGCUACUCAUUCAGAUCUAAGGGCUCCAUUUUUAAUUCUUAUUUAACUUCAGUCGAUUCUCAGAUGAGGAUAUUCAUCUUUUAGUCAUGUAAGGCAUGAUAAUGAGACAUAAGGCCAUUUAAAUAUUUACUAUUUUUAACAUGGUUGUCAGUUGAAAGAAAGUUGUGUCACAUCAUCUCCGAGUGGAACCUUUAUUUUGUACAAUGAAAGCUAAUUUACAUUUUUAGGUUCUGUCUUUUUCUACUGAUUUCUGCAUUUUGGAAAAGUAACUUGAGGGUGAAGCACUGAUUUAAUGGUUAGAUGAUAAUUUGUUGGAAAAACUGCACUAUUAAGCUUAGAUUUUUUUUUGUGAUGGUUUUGGAAAAUGUUCUUGAAUGUGUUGAAUAACGGGUUUAUCUAAAAUGAUAUUUAUGUCCUGUUUUUCCUUUAAGUUUUUUAAAUUCUGUCUUUCUUUAGGGUUUGUGCUACCACUCCCUGUCUAGAGUUUUCAUGAAUGGAAACAUAGAAACGCAGUGAUUCCAACUUCUGUUUGAAUAUAAACACAUCACAGUAGUGCUGCUAAAUAAGUAGAAUAAGCAUAAUUCUCUUUGAAGUUCAUAUUUUUCUUAUAUAUUUAGUCUGUUUUGACUAAAAAGUUGCACUGUCAGUUAAGCAAAAGAAGCAAAUGAUAGGCUAUAGUGUUAGUCAAACAAGUAGCAUUGUGGCUAAAGUGGGAUCACAUAAAAUCCGUCCUCUUUUCCCCUCAAUGUCCGAUCCACUUAUUUAAUCUAAAAGGCAGUUUUGAAGUAAAGGGAGAAGGUUGCAUCCCAUCUGGUGAUCCAAAUGUCUAAACAAAAAAGCCACUGUUAGUUUUAUAGUGCAGCUGCUGUUAACACGUGUGAGCGCUCUACUUGUAAAUUUACUUUCAUUUCUAAAUAAGGUUGUUUCGUCCAGGACUCUGGCACAGCACAGAGUUGGAGCGGCUCAGUAAACGGCCUUUUUGAUUCCAUGGGUUUCCUCUGACAGGGUUAAGGUAGAUUUCUGAUUGGUAAUUCUGAAAUGUUUGAAUACGGUAAUUAUGUUUUAUUUUUAUUAUUAUUUGUUAUGCCACAUGGUAUUUCCUGUGCAGGCAAUUGGUGAUGCUGUAAUAUUUUUGUUAUAAAAGGAGGUUUUACUGUUUCACCAAUUCCAUUACAAGAAGUGUGUAAUGACAUCGCUGACCAAAUGAAUCGUAACAAAAUGUUGUACUUAAUGCUUUGAAGGUGUUGAACCAAAUCAUGUGGAAGAUAAUUUAGGUCUCGGAAUGAAGGCUAACUGUGUUUACUAUGAAGGUUUUCGACAAACAGUAGAAAUGCAACUGAAACAUAUGGCAGCCUCCUAUUUUUGUCUUUGGUUGAUCUCAAAAGUCUUAAAAUGGAAACAGUUUGAAAAUUGUUCAGGUUCACAAGAAAAAUCUGAAAUCUAUUGUGUCCAUUUCCUCGACAGUUUCUCUUUUGGAAUACAGCCUCAGUUAUUUUCCAUCUAAUUCGACUCACUUAGGGUUGAUUCUGUGGCUGCAGAAGUAACGUACCCAUGUCGUUUGUCAUAGCUGCCAAAAACACUGGUGAUCACAGGGCUUUAUUUUAUCCUGCUGUGGUGAAACUGACAUUUCAUUAAUAAAUAGUGUCUUUUUCCA